AUGGCUGCUUCACCUCAACGCACAUCACCAGACAUGGGUGCGGAGUCGUUACGUCGCCAACUCCUACAGCAAGAGAAUCUCGCCCACAUGGAACGCGUCCAGCGCGAAAAGGAGAAGCGCGAGAGACAUGAACGCGAUAGGCAGGAACGCGAGGCUGCAAGAGCAAGAGCAAGAGAGCUUGAGCGCAGCGCGUCUGGUGGCGGGCAGGUAUUUGAGCUGCCUGCCGUGGAAGAUGACGAGCCCACUAUGAAGGCGACUAGUUAUCCUGGACAGGAGUGGGUACCUCCCAUGUGGGAUGGUGACUGA